AAUGGUUAUUGUUGGUUACUGGUUGGAGCAACUUUCCGACUGUGUUUUUGAAUAUGCCUCAUUUGACGGAGUUGUGUUUAAUCCAGAAUUAAUUAAUUUAUUGUUUGACAACGACAAACUUUUAUUUCACAUUCAAAAACCGAAAAUAUCCUCCAACGAGGCUUCUUUUGGAAAUGUUUGGAAAUUUGUUUCGAAUCAUUUGACAAUUUCGGAAUAUCUCAGCAUCAAUUUGAAUGACAUUAAUGUGCAACGUUUACACGGUAUUUUAGUAAGUGGAGGCAAUAAAUUACCAAAAAUUCGUGUGAAAAAUGUUAAGACGGGAUGGCUUUAUAAUUCUUUAAUCAAAGUGAGUUUAAAUUAG